AGUAUAGUAGUGAAAUUCGAAGCGUCCUUCUCUUGGAUUAUGUGUUUCUCGUUCUUGGAUGGCGUCUUUUACUAUUUUAGGCUGUGAUGAAAAAUGUUCUGGCUUUUUAUGAUUAUUGUGUUAUCAGAAGCUUAAUCAAAAUUAAAAAUGUCGUCGUCUAAUAUUCAAACUUUAGAUGAAAGUUAUUUCGAAGUUCGUUUUGUAGAAGGAAAAAACAGGUGUUUAUUUACCAAUAAAUUCAUAAAGAAAGGAACCAUUGUCCUAGAAUAUCAUGGUGACCUAGUUACGAGUAAAGCUGAGAUGGAUAAGCGAGAAGAACAAUACGCGAAUAAUAAUAAAGGUUGUUUUAUCCUCGAAAUUACACUUAAUGGCAAAAAAGCAUUCAUCGACGCGACAGAUGAAACUGAAUUUAAGGCUCGCUUAAUGAGCCAUUCAGACAAACCUAAUUUACAGCCAUUCAAACAAAUUAUCGAUGGUGCACCACAUGUAUUUUUUAGAGCAAAAUACGAUAUUGAGCCUAACAAUGAAUUGGUAUGGAACUACGGUGAGAGAAGGAGAGCAGUCCUUGAGUACAAUCCAUGGUUGAAACCUACGGCAAGAUCACAAGUUAAGAAGAAUGUGCCUGUCCAUCUAAACGAAUCUUAUGUAUUAUUAGAAAAAUUGAAUUUACAUACAUCCCUGAACAAAACAAGUGACAGUUGGAUAAAUGGUUCUAUUAAUUCCAUAGACAGUAAUAAAAUAUGUAGCCAUUCAACACCUCUCAAUGGGUCCAUAAAUUCGACGGAUUGUGAACAUGUGAAUACUAACGACUCAAUAAAUUCGUCAAUUUCUCUAAGAAAGGCAGUAAUAAAAUUGGAAAGGUUGUCAGUUCCACAAACGGAUUUAAAUGAUACCAGUGCAGCUCACAGUGGUGCAACUGAAAUUUUAGACCUGAUCGGGGAUAGUUGGGUGAAUGACUCCAUUGGUUCCGCUGGAUGCAAUGGAAAUAUUUUCCAUUCCACACAUCUUAACGGAUCCAAGAAAUCUUUUUCGACUUAUGAGUGCGAAAAUGAGGAAGCUGAUUCAACUCCACCACGAAAAUUAAAUCCAUCAGAAACUUUAAUUAUCAACAACAACGACGAAAAAAUAGAACCGGUUUGUUUUUCCAAGGAGAAAAAUCCUUCGCACGGUGGAAGAGCCACUACAGUAUCUAAAAGGGAAGAAAACUUUCUAUUAAGAAUUGAUGACAUUAAUAAUGAUUCUUUAAUUUAUCCUGAGAAGAAAUCUUUGAAAGACAGUAGAUGCAUCGUAGUACCUGAAAAUCAAAUAAAAGUUGUGAUAGAAAAUGAUGCCGAUAGUCAAUUAGAUCUUGCAUUUGUCGAAAAUUCUAUCCUUUCAUCAAAUCAGUCUAUUAUCACCACUGCAUCUGUAAAAAAAGAAAAAAUUAUAUUGAGGAAGGAUGACGACAGUCUGGUUCAUGAUAAAAUAGCAAAAAUAGAGUCUAUUUCUCCACACAAAGUAGAACAGGUUAAAUUGAGUACUGCAGAUUCGGUGGUCGAUUCUGUUAAACAAUCCUGUUUCGACGAAAGUACAGUUCCUAUAGCAUCUGAAAAGGGAGAAAAACUUCUAAUCAAAUUAGAUCUCGAGAAUCAAUCAAUUACAAAAGUAAAUUCUGCAAAUUGUUUCGACAACCAACCCUCUUCACGUGACAGUAAAUCCGACGUUGUUUCGCAAAAUAAUGUAUUUAUCACCGUACCUGAUUAUCAAUUGCAAGCUUCUAGUAACAAUGACACCAGGCAAGAUCAACUCGAAAUUUUUCCUCAUCAGUCAGAACAGGAAACACUUAUAAAUGAAAAUUCUUUAUCAUAUUCUGAUGAACAGCCGAUUCCACAUGAUUGCACACCGAUUGAUUCCACACCCUUCGUCGAGUCUGAAAUUGAAAUUGAAACAUCAGUUAUUAAUGAAGUCAAUAAUAAUAUAAUUCUCGAAGUUAAUAAUUCUGACAAACCUAUAAACAUUGACAGUUGUGAAAUUAUAUUUGUCGACACAAUUUUACCAGGACAACAAUUUCAAGAAGAAGAUAAUACAGUUCAAUCUGUUAAGCCAAAAAUUAUUAAUGAAAUUAUAAUUCCACCCAGUGAAAGAAUUUCAUUAAUUUCUGCAAAUGACGAGAAUAGUGCGUUAAAUACGGUUCCGGAGAAUGAGAAUGCUGAUGAAGAUCACGAUGAUUAUGAAUAUGACGAAGAUGAUGAAGAUGAUGAAGAUGAUCUGUGUGAUAAGGAUUACCUGCCUAUGGAUGAUGACCAAUCUGAAGAAGAUUCAGACGAUGAUGAAGAUGAAAACCUUAAUGAAAAAUCCGAAUGCACCUUAAACGCAACUCAAGAAUCUACGAUAAAUGUGUCUACUUUUUCUUCCUUGUACGCAGGCCCUGGAAAGUCAGGAAUACCGGCUGCUGGUUUGGAAGUACUUUCGUCAAAAGGAAAAACUGGAAAAUCAAAAGUACACUUUUGUUACUAUUGCCAUACAAUGCAGCUUUCCAUUGCCCGUCAUUUGGAAAGACGGCAUGCAGAUGAACCCCUGGUGAAGGAAUUUAUGUCUUUAAAAAAGAAAAGCAACGAAAGAAAAAAAAAAAUUAGUGUUAUCAGAAAAAAAGGAGACUUUUUACACAAUACGAGCAAUGAUCACAAUAAAGGUUUUAUAAUAACUGUUCGAAGAUUACAGGUUGGUCGAGAGAAAGCAGCUGAGGAGAUAAUAAAUUGUCCGAAAUGUUACGGCUUCUAUACAAACAAUAAUAUUCGUCAUCAUUAUGCAAUAUGUAGUGAAUCAAGUUCAGCCAGUACGAGGUCCAUAUUGCAAAAUGCAGCACGCAAGAUCGGUCGUGUUCAUAUUGACGCUAGUUAUAAAAUGAGGCAUCAAAUACUUCCUGUUUUAAGAAACAACGACGAAAUUACUAACAUCAUCAGGUACGAUAGGCUCAUUAUACUUUACGGCAAUUUUCUUUCAAUAAAACAUAAAAAAGAUCAGCAGGAUAACCUGAUUCGUGCUCAACUUAGAUUGCUUGGUAGGUUGGUUUCCGCAUUAAAAGGAAUUGAUAAUAAAAUUGAAGAUCUAGCUGCAGCAUUCCAUCCGACAUUGUUUAAUAAAGUGUUAGAAGCAGUAAAUGUUGUCGCACAGUUUAAUGAACGGAAUCAAAAAUAUGGAUCACCAAGCACAGCUUCUAAAUCAUUAGAAGCUUGCGAACUACUAAGAAAUUAUUCAACACUUUGUGGAGCAAAGAGACCUGAAACUCUUAGAGGAACGACACUAAGAAAGCACCUAGCAACAACUUGUUCAGAAAAAUAUUCGGAAAAGCAAAUUUCUCGAGUAGCGCAAUUCAUGGGACACGAUUUGAAAAUUCACAAGAAUAUUUAUCAGCAACCAACAGCUGCAACAGAUAUCAUCGAGAUGUCAGAUGUAUUAAAAACUACUCAAAAUCCUAACAAAGGUCAAAAUAAAAAAAGAAGCAUCGGAACUUCUGACAGCGACUCGGACGUUUCAAUCCAAUUGAAACAUAAGAAAAAAAUUGUACGAUUUUCAAACAGUCACGAAGAUCCUAAAAACUCAAAACUGCAAAAAAAAAUGGAAGGUCGAAAUAUAGAGGCGAACAUCACAACUUCCGAAAGCGAUUCGGACUCUUCAAUUCAGUCGAGACAGAGCACGAAAACAGUCGAUUUUGCAAAUACUCUGAAAAAGUCAAAUAUUUCAAAUGUGGUAAAUACCAAAGGUCGAGAUACAGGGGCGAGCAUUAAAACUUCCGAAUGCAAUUCGGACUCUUCAAUUAAGUUGAAGCAGAGCACGAAAAUGGUUGAUGUUCCAAAUACUCUGAAAAAGUCAAAGACUUCGAAUGUGGUAAAUACCAAAGAUAUUGGUGUCAAAAAGAAAAAAACCAGAUGGACACAGAGUGAAAUUGAUACAGUAUUAAAUGCCUUUCACAGAAAUAUUGAGGAACAAAGCCUACCAUCCGCAUCACAAAUAUCGAAAAUAAAGGAGGAGAAUGCGUGCCUCUGUAACAGGACCACUGCAACUAUUAAAUCUUGGAUUCACCAUUACAUAAAAACAAACAAAACUAGUCACUGAAAGAAUCAUUUUUAUACAAAGACUAAUCUUUUCAUUUGUGUCUGGCCGGUAGUACACAUCACAUAAUUUUAUUUGCAUUCUUAUUUUAACUUUUAAAAUUAUCGAUAUAAAACAUAAAUAAGUUAUUUCAGUCUUGGCUCACGAAAUUAUAAUCUAAAAUUUUGUUC